AUGUCAAGUGAUCAAUUAAUUGAACGAUGGUGUAAAGAUCAUGCAACACCUACAACCGUUCAAUGGCUUGUGGAUAAUUUUGAACCAGCUGAAGGUAGUUCAAUACGUCGUUCAAUUUUAUAUAAUUUCUAUCUUGAACAUUGUCUUGGUCUUAAAGUAGAAGCACUUAAUCCAGCUAGUUUUGGAAAAUUAAUUCAUUCAGUUUUUCUUGGUUUAAAAACUCGUCGAUUAGGCACUCGAGGUAAUUCAAAAUAUCAUUAUUAUGGUAUACAAGUUAAAUCAUCAUCACCAUUAAUAAAACAAAUGCCUUUUGAUGGUGAUUUAUUAAAUAUACAUUAUGAUUUUGAUAAUCAAUCAAUUCAUUUGAAUAUGUCACCUAAUGAAGAUAUUUUUUCACCAUUAUCUACACAGAUUAAUAAUAAUAAUAAUAAUAAUAAUUCAUUAGUUGAAUUUUUAUUUCCAAAUGAUACAUUAUUAAUAUCAAAUGAAUUACCAUCAGAAAUAACAAUGAAUGAUAUAAAAAUUUUUCAAAAAACUCAUAAUGAUUAUUCAACAAAACUUUAUCAAGCAUUUUUAAAAUUUCAAUAUGAUUUUAUUGAAAAAUUAAUUCAACAAUUUUGGUCACUUACAAAUAUACAUUUAUCACAAACAAACGAUUUAACAAAUAAUGAUCCAAUGAUAAUUUGGAAAUUUAAUCGUAUAUGUACAUUACCAUUUAUUUUUGAUCAAAUUCGUUUAUUUUAUUCAAAAUUCUAUCAAACAAUAAUUGAUAGUUAUUUUCCUAAUGUUCUUACAUCUCUAACACAAACAACAAUUGAAGCUAUUCGUACAAUAGCAAAUAAUAUAUCAUAUUGGUUAAUACAUGCUAUUGAACAUUUAUAUGAUCCAUUAAAAUCUAUAUUGAUUCAAUAUACUCAAGCAUUUAGUUCAAUAUUAUUACGUUAUACAUCAUUAAAUCAUUUAUCAUUAACUGUUCAAACAAUGUUUUUACAAUCAUCACGUUUAAUAACAAUGUCAAAUGAUUUAACAUAUAUAAAUUUUAAUGAUUUACAUGAACAAAUAAAUUGGUUAAUUGAAUGUGAUUUAAAUUUAUUUAUUAAAAUUGAACAAUGUUUUAAAAAUUUAUUUCAAUGUCAAACAAUGUUAACAAUAAAUAAUUGGACAACAUUUAUUGAUACAUUAUUAGAUGAUUAUUUAAUUUUAUAUAAUAAUACAAAAGAAUAUAUAUAUAAUGCUAGACAAUUUUUAUUAAAAACAAAUUUUUAUUGUACAUUAAUAUUACGUGAAUUAACAUUACAUUAUGGUACAUCACUUGGUUCAUUUCAUUUAUUACAAUUAUUUAUUGAAGAAUAUCUUUAUUAUCGUAUUGAACAAAAAAUAUCAAUAUAUUUAAAUCAAUCCAUAAUUAAUUUCGUUAUUGAAAAUAUAAAUAAUGAACAACAACAACAACAACAACAAAAAUAUUUAAUUAAUAAAAAUUAUCAAUAUUUUUUUAAUGAUGAUGAUCUAGAUGAUGAUUUUGAAAGUUUAUCAGAUGAUUUUAAUGAUCAUAGAAAUAUUCUUAAACCAUUAUCACCUGUUCAAAUUGAUGAUUUUAUUUUACCAAAUGAAACAAUAACAAAUUCAUUUUCAUAUAUAUUUGAAGAUUUACAACCAUUAUCAAAUGAAAUCUUUUGA